AUGCAAGCGACCAGAACCAUCGCACGCAGUCUAUCUCCAAGCUUGAACUACAAUCGAAAGAAACAGCUGCGUGUCGUCAAUGUUACUCCUCCGGUUAUCACACCUCGUCCUCAGCCUGUCGAUCCAGAUCAGCUCGCGUAUCGAUUAUGCGAGCUGUCGUUGAAGAAGAUGCAGAAGGAAGCCAGCGCCUCCGAACCAGAUAUAAGACAUGUCCUUGCCUGCAGCUCCAUGCAAAGACGUGCAGAGCGAGAUCUCUCGCAGCGGCUCGACGCUUUGCAAUGUGCGAUGGAUGUGCCAGCCCUUCCUUUACUCCCGGGCGCCGACGAGCCCCUAAUGUCGGAAGAAGAUGAAGCUGAAAUGCGAGCGCUUGAAACUGCUGUUUAUGAGCUGCGAGUUGCGAGAAGACGGGGGAGCUGGCUCGAUUCAUAUGUUUCCAGUCAAUUCAAGGAGCAUGAUCAAAGUAAGUCGCCCGAUAACCUUCUCUACGUGCAGAGGCUUACAUAG